AAAGCCCUUGGAUUUCUCCGGUUUCCCCUCCUGCAAUUAACCAAGCGAUUCAUUUCCUUUCCUUUCACUUCCCUUGACCUUCCCUCACCAUGAAACGCGCAGUCGAUGACAUUAGCGGCGCCACUGCCAGCACUGCUAAGAAACCUGUCUUCUUGACCAAAGCCCAACGCGAGCAGUUGGCUCUCGAGCGGCGACAAGAAGAAAUCCGGCAGCAGAAACUACAACAGCAACAGCUUCUAUCUCAAAUCCGCCCCUCCUCCGACCCUAACAGUAAUGGCAAUCAAAAGCCCUCUGAUUCUGACCGCCGUGACCGCGAUAGAGAUCGGGAUAGGGAAAGAGACCGUGACAGAGAUCGCUCCUCCCGCCGUGACCGCGAACGCGACCGUGACCGGGAACGCGAAGAGGAGGCCAAGGCUCGGGAGCGUGCUCGCUUGGAGAAAUUAGCGGAGAGAGAGCGUGAGAAGGAGCUUGAUUCGAUUAAGGAGCAGUAUCUAGGAUCUAAAAAACCUAAAAAGAGGGUAAUUAAACCUAGCGAGAAGUUUCGAUUUUCUUUUGAUUGGGAGAACACCGAGGAUACUUCUAGAGAUAUGAAUUCCUUGUAUCAAAACCCUCACGAGGCUCAGCUCUUGUUCGGUAGAGGUUUUCGUGCUGGAAUGGAUCGCAGGGAGCAGAAGAAACUCGCUGCCAAGAAUGAGAAGGAGAUGAGAGAAGAGAUUCGAAGAAAGGAGGGCGUUGAGGAGAAGCCUGAGGAGGCCGCUGCCCGGAAACUUAAAGAAGAAGCUGCUGAUAUGUAUGAUACUUUCGAUAUGAGAGUUGAUAGGCAUUGGUCCGACAAGAAACUCGAAGAAAUGACUGAGAGAGAUUGGAGGAUCUUUAGAGAGGAUUUCAACAUUUCAUACAAGGGAUCAAAAAUUCCUCGGCCUAUGAGGAGUUGGGCUGAGAGUAAACUCAGUUCAGAGCUGUUGAAGGCAGUUGAGAGGGCUGGUUACAAGAAACCAUCUCCCAUUCAGAUGGCGGCUAUUCCGCUGGGUCUACAACAGCGCGAUGUGAUUGGAAUUGCAGAGACGGGUUCUGGUAAGACUGCAGCCUUUGUUUUGCCUAUGUUAACUUACAUUUCAAGGUUGCCCCCCAUGAGUGAGGAGAAUGAUUCGGAGGGACCUUAUGCUGUUGUAAUGGCACCCACUCGUGAACUGGCACAGCAGAUUGAGGAUGAGACUGUGAAGUUUGCUCAUUACUUGGGUAUCAAAGUGGUUUCCAUUGUUGGUGGACAGUCCAUUGAGGAGCAAGGUUUUAGGAUUAGACAGGGGUGUGAGGUUGUCAUUGCUACACCUGGUCGUUUGCUUGAUUGCUUGGAGAGGCGAUAUGCUGUCUUGAACCAGUGUAAUUAUGUUGUCCUUGAUGAGGCUGAUCGUAUGAUAGACAUGGGUUUUGAACCCCAGGUUGUGGGAGUAUUGGAUGCAAUGCCUUCAAGCAAUUUAAAACCGGAAAAUGAAGAUGAAGAGCUUGAUGAGAAAAAGAUUUACCGCACCACCUAUAUGUUCAGUGCGACUAUGCCACCUGCCGUGGAGCGGCUUGCAAGGAAGUACUUGAGAAACCCAGUUGUGGUCAACAUUGGCACUGCUGGAAAGGCAACAGAUUUAAUAUCUCAACACGUGAUCAUGAUGAAGGAAUCAGAGAAAUUUCCCAAGUUACAGAGACUGCUUGAUGAGCUUGGAGACAAGACAGCUAUUGUGUUUGUUAACACUAAAAAGAACGCAGACACUGUUGCAAAGAAUCUAGAUAAGGCAGGAUAUCGUGUGACAACUUUGCAUGGUGGGAAGUCCCAGGAGCAAAGAGAAAUUAGUCUUGAAGGUUUUAGGACAAAGAGAUAUAACGUGCUUGUUGCUACAGAUGUUGCUGGUCGUGGGAUAGAUAUACCUGAUGUAGCCCAUGUCAUUAAUUAUGAUAUGCCUGGGAAUAUUGAAAUGUACACUCAUCGUAUUGGAAGAACAGGCCGUGCUGGAAAGUCAGGUGUGGCUACAACUUUUUUGACUCUCUACGACACUGAAGUGUUCUAUGAUCUGAAGCAGAUGCUCAUUCAGAGUAACAGUCAUGUGCCUCCUGAGUUGGCUAAACAUGAGGCUUCAAAAUUCAAGCCAGGAACAAUCCCUGACAGACCUCCUAGGCGAAAUGACACUGUUUUUGCUCAUUGAGAACUUUGGAUACUUGAAAAUCUUUCCACACUUUGUGCCAUGUACUAGUGGCUGAAGCAUCUUGGAUUAUGGGGGCACAGAGGAACUGAGUUUGCUCUGUAUCUGGAAUACAAAAGUCAAGAUUUUAUGUAGUGGAGUACUGUCCUAUUCCAAUAUGUGGUAACUGAUUUCAUUAUUUGUAUUCUGCCCCAGUUUAUUUUCUUCACUUUAGAUUUUUUAGGAGAAAGAAAAGAUUAAUAAUCAUAAUAGUGGAGAAUGGCAUAUUUAAUCUCUAUUUCCCUUUAGUUAUGUGUAGUUUGCUUCAAGGGUUUACAUGAUUUAAGGGAGUAUCAACUUGUGGACAGUUUUGGUUGGCUA